UGCUGCCCUUUAGAAAGAAUGCAGGUGAAUAAAUGAUGCCAUAAAGAGGAGGGAGGUGCCAUAGAAAAGCUAUUGGCAGAGAGAGAGAAGAAAGACGUAAGAAAAAAUAAUUUGAAGGCAUUCAGCAGCUUUAGCGCCCUCAUCUUUUGUACCUCACUUAAGCAACAACAGCUAUUCUGAAAAAGAAAAGCCUUUAACAGAGAAGAAAACUGGAGAAAGAUGCAGAGCAGCAGGAAGAGGAGGACAUCUGACAGAUAAAACGAGGGAGCUCUGCAGCAGGAUCCCUACAGUGCUGUACACAGAACUGCGUGACUGGUCUCUGCAAGCAGAGGGAGGAGAGAGGAGAGAAGGGAGGAAGGUAGGAGAGAAAGAAAGGGGGAGGGGAGGCAAUUCAGUGCAGUGCUAGCAGACUGGAUGAGUAGCAGCCGCGGCAUAAGCAGCAACAUCAGCACCACUAGCCGUAGCAUCUUUCUUUGUGGCUGCUGGAGGCUGUCUUGUGGCUGCUCUACCAUCAACAGCCACAAGACAUACACACACACACACACACAAAUAUUUGGACACAGGCGCUCCUCGUGCUUGCCUCAUACACACACAUGUCGUGGUGGCCACCAGAGAAGAGGUAGUAAGUGACGGGGCUCAGGGGACAGAGGGACACAGGAAGAGGAAACCGGGACGACUGGUGGUAGUGCAAACAGGAGGAGGGCUGGAGUGACCGUGACUGGAGCAGCAGCAACAGUAGCAGCGGCACCAUGGCGCAAGCCGCCAAGCAGCUCCGCAAGACCAAGGACCUUGCGGAGGCCGCCGCCCAGGAGCAGAGGGAGAAGGAGGAGGAAAAGAUAAAAAAGAGGAAUCGAUCCAGGGACCGCAGGCGCAAGGCCGAUGCAGCCACCAGCUUUCUGCGUGCAGCUCGUUCAGGGAACCUGGACAAGGCGCUCGAUCACAUCAAGAAUGGAAUCAACAUCAACAUAGCUAAUCAAAAUGGUCUUAACGGGUUACACCUCGCCUCUAAAGAAGGCCACGUCAAAAUGGUCUUGGAAUUACUCCAUGCUGGCAUUGAGCUGGAAGCAACUACAAAGAAAGGGAACACUGCUCUCCAUAUCGCAGCGCUGGCAGGGCAGGAGAAGGUGGUGGCUGAGCUCGUCAACUAUGGUGCCAAUGUUAAUGCCCAGUCACAUAAAGGGUUCAGUCCUCUCUACAUGGCAGCACAGGAGAACCAUUUAGAAGUGGUCAAAUUUCUGCUUGAAAAUGGUGCCAAUCAAAGUCUCCCAACUGAGGAUGGCUUCACUCCCCUUGCAGUGGCCCUCCAGCAGGGCCACGAAAACGUAGUGGCACUGCUCAUCAACUAUGGCACCAAGGGCAAGGUCCGCCUCCCUGCCCUGCACAUUGCUGCAAGAAACGAUGACACGCGCACUGCUGCAGUUCUCCUGCAGAACGACCCCAACCCCGAUGUUCUUAGCAAGACUGGUUUCACACCUCUGCAUAUUGCAGCUCACUAUGAAAAUAUGAGUGUAGCCCAGCUGCUGCUGAACAGAGGAGCGAAUGUAAACUUCACCCCCAAGAAUGGCAUCACACCCCUUCAUAUAGCCUCUAGGAGGGGCAAUGUAAUGAUGGUCAGACUAUUGCUGGACAGAGGAGCACAGAUUGAUGCCAAAACUAAGGAUGAGCUGACUCCUCUCCACUGUGCAGCUAGAAAUGGUCAUGUUCGCAUUAUUGAGAUCCUGCUAGAACACGGUGCUCCCAUCCAGGCUAAAACUAAGAACGGUCUGUCCCCCAUCCACAUGGCAGCUCAGGGGGAUCACAUGGACUGUGUCAGGCAGCUACUCCAGUAUAAUGCUGAGAUUGAUGAUAUCACACUAGACCAUUUAACUCCUCUUCAUGUAGCAGCCCACUGCGGUCACCAUCGCAUGGCCAAAGUUCUCCUGGACAAGGGGGCCAAAGCCAAUGCACGGGCUCUGAAUGGCUUCACACCAUUGCAUAUUGCUUGCAAGAAGAACCACAUGCGGUCUAUGGACCUGCUGCUUAAGCACUCUGCUUCCUUAGAGGCUGUCACAGAGUCUGGUCUCACUCCUCUUCAUGUAGCAGCUUUCAUGGGGCAUCUGAACAUAGUGAAAAACCUGCUCCAAAGAGGGGCUUCACCCAAUGCUUCCAAUGUGAAAGUGGAGACUCCCCUUCAUAUGGCCUCCAGAGCAGGACACUGUGAAGUUGCUCAGUUCCUGCUCCAGAACUCAGCACAAGUGGAUGCCAAGGCUAAGGAUGACCAGACACCUUUACACUGUGCAGCCCGUAUGGGCCACAAGGAGCUCGUCAAGCUGCUCCUUGAGCACAAGGCCAGCCCUGACUCAGCUACAACUGCAGGUCACACACCUUUACACAUCGCAGCACGUGAAGGACAUGUCCAGACUAUUCGAAUAUUAUUGGAUGCUGGAGCGGAGCAAAUAAAGAUGACAAAGAAAGGUUUCACUCCCCUCCAUGUGGCCUCCAAAUACGGAAAGGUAGAUGUGGCUGAACUCCUUCUGGAAAGAGGAGCAAACCCAAAUGCAGCUGGGAAGAACGGUCUGACACCCCUUCAUGUGGCCGUCCAUCACAACAACAUGGAUGUUGUUAAACUCCUGGUCAGCAAGGGAGGAUCUGCACACAGCACUGCCCGAAAUGGAUACACUCCCCUUCACAUAGCAGCCAAGCAGAACCAGAUGGAGGUGGCCAGUUGUCUUCUUCAGAAUGGGGCAUCACCCAAUUCUGAGUCCCUCCAAGGCAUCACGCCCCUACACCUGGCUUCACAGGAGGGACGGCCUGACAUGGUGGCUCUGCUCAUUUCCAAACAGGCCAACGUAAAUCUUGGAAACAAGAAUGGACUGACUCCUCUGCAUCUUGUGGCCCAGGAGGGUCACGUGGGCAUCGCAGACACUUUGGUCAAACAGGGGGCAUCUGUUUAUGCUGCUUCACGUAUGGGCUACACACCCCUUCACGUGGCCUGUCAUUAUGGCAACAUCAAGAUGGUGAAGUUCCUUCUGCAGCAGCAGGCUCACGUGAACGCCAAGACCAGGAUGGGCUACACCCCUCUGCACCAGGCAGCCCAGCAGGGCCACACAGAUAUUGUCACACUCUUGCUGAAGCAUGGAGCCCAACCCAAUGAGAUUACCUCGAACGGCACGUCUCCCCUGGGCAUUGCUAAGAGGCUGGGUUACAUCUCUGUCAUUGAUGUGCUCAAGCUGGUAACCGAGGAGUCCGUUUCUGCGAUCACGACAGAGAAGCAUCGGAUGAGUUUCCCCGAAACUGUAGAUGAGAUUUUGGACGUUUCAGAGGAUGAAGGAGACGAGUUGCUGGGGAUGGAUGGAGCUCGCUAUUUGAAGCUUGAUGAUUUUAAGGACCAGGACGAUGACUUUCUCUCCCCAAAGAAGACCCUCAGAGACUUUGAGGGCGGCAUGGGCACCACUCCGUAUUCUCCUGCUAUUCCCAGGAUCCCCUGUGUGUCACCAGAGACAGUUAUGCUGGAUCAGCACACCCCCGUCCCCUUGCCAAAAGAAUAUGAUGAAGAUUCUCUUAUCCCAAGCAGUCCAGCUACUGAGACUUCAGACAAUGUCAGCCCCGUAGCCAGCCCUAUUCACACUGGCUUCCUGGUGAGUUUCAUGGUGGAUGCCCGAGGGGGCUCCAUGCGAGGCAGCAGGCACCAUGGCCUACGAGUGAUCAUCCCUCCCCGAACCUGUGCUGCACCGACGCGCAUCACUUGCCGUCUCGUUAAACCCCAGAAACUGACCACGCCUCCUCCACUAGUGGAGGGCGAGGGCCUCGCUAGCCGGAUCAUCUCCCUGGGGCCAUCCAGUAUGCAGUUCCUUGGACCAGUGAUAGUAGAAAUCCCUCACUUUGCCUCAUUGGGACGAGGAGACAGAGAGCUUGUGGUGCUCCGCAGUGAGAACGGCUCGGUCUGGAAGGAACAUCGCAAUCGCUAUGGCGACGAAGUGCUGGAAACUAUUCUGAAUGGCAUGGAUGAAGACUUGGAGAGCCAAGAGGAGCUGGAGAAGAAGAGAAUCCGUCGAAUCAUCUCCACUGACUUCCCCCUCUACUUUGCAGUAGUGUCUCGUAUACAGCAGGAGAGUGAUCUCAUUGGUCCAGAGGGCGGUCGGCUGACCAGUAAGCUGGUCCCUCAAGUUGAGGCUAUCUUCCCUGAGACUGCUGUCACCAAGAGAGUGAGGCUGGGACUGCAGGCACAACCAAUCCCUGAUGAACUGCUGACCAGGCAGCUUGGUAACCAAGCUACCUUCAGCCCAGUGGUUACCAUCGAACCUCGGCGGCGCAAAUUUCACCGUCCAAUCGGAUUGCGCAUUCCUUUACCACCUUCGUGGAGGGAGAGCCGUCGUGAUGCUGGCGAGGGUGAUACCACCAGCUUGCGUCUCCUCUGCAGUGUCAUUGGUGGAACAGCACCAGCUCAGUGGGAGGACAUCACUGGAACCACCAAGCUGAUGUACGCCAACAACUGUGCCAAUUUUACCACCAAUGUGUCUGCAAGAUUCUGGCUGGCAGACUGUCCACGUACGGCGGAGGUGGUGACCUUUGCCAACCUGCUGUACAGGGAGCUAAUGGCAGUCCCAUAUAUGGCCAAGUUUGUUAUUUUUGCCAAGAUGAAUGAGGCACGUGAGGGACGCCUGCGUUGUUACUGCAUGACAGAUGACAAGAUGGACAAAACUCUGGAGCUGCACGAAAACUUCACCGAGGUGGCCCGGAGUCGAGAUAUUGAGCUAAUGGAGGGCAUGCCUCUCUACCUGGAGUGUUCUGGGAACUUGGUGCCCAUUCGGAAGGCCACUCAGCAGCCUCGUAGCUUCAGCUUCCAGGCCUUCCGAGAUAACAGACUGCCUGUCUCUGUCAAGGUCAGAGACAGUAACAAGGAUGCCACCGGGUUUUUGUCUUUUCUGCGGAAGGGCACCAAGUACGAGGACACACAACACGUACUGUGUAACCUUAAUAUAACCAUGCCACCUUGUGUCAAGGUUGUUGGAAGUGAGGAGCGCAGACGAACUUUAACCCCUCUCGCUCUGAGAGAACGCUACAGUGCAUUGAACGAGCCCGGCGUGGCCACAGUGAAUGCCAUGGAGAGGACUGAGCUCAAAAUCAACAUCAUAUCCGAACAGCUGGGUUUAAGCUGGGCAGAGUUAGCACGAGAGCUUCAGUUUGGUGUGGACGACAUCAAUAGGAUCCGUGUGGAGAAUCCAAACUCCUUGCUGGACCAGAGCUCUGCCCUGCUCAGCCUGUGGGCCAGCAGAGAGGGCAAAAGGGCCAAGAUGGAGAGCCUCUACAUUGCUCUGAAGAACAUCGAUCGUGCAGAUAUUGUAACCUCUCUGGAGGGUCAGGCUCCGCAACCAGCACCUGGUUCUUCAGAGGAGGGCGCCUGUCGGCUCAGUGACCGCGACUCCACUCUGUUGUCCCCCAGCGUCAUUAAUGGUUAUGGGCUGGUGCAGGAGGAGCUUCUGUCCCCGGCCUCCAUGCAGUACAGCUUGCCAUCUCCACUGGGCGUGGAGCCCUACUGGCAAGAGGUCUCCAGCCUCGAGUGCGCCCCUAUUGCCACCACAGAGGAAGACACAUUAAUGGAGAUGUCGGACGUUCAGGUGUGGCCAGCAGGGGUCAGCCCCUCUCUGGUUACAGUGGAGGACUCGUCACUAGAGGGCAGCAGUCGGGCUGACGACUCAGAGGGCGCCACACUCUCCUUACCCUGCAGCUUGGGUCGCCCAAGCAGUGGAGCCAGCGGGGCCAGCGGCUCCAUCAUGGAGCUGGAGGAAGAGGAGGAGGAGGAGGAGGAAGGGGAGGUUGAGGAGGAGGAGGCACCACAGGAGCCAGCAAGUGCACUGGCGGAAAGGGACAGGGUGAGGGCCAGUGGUGCCGUUCCCAAGGUCAAUCUAAAUGGCCAGCUGGGAGGUCAGAGGUCGGAUGUGAGGAGAGUGGAGAGUGUGGCUGUAGGAGGAGGAACAAAAGGAGGAGGUGGAAUGGUAGGGCUGGGCUCAGUGGAAGGGAUUUCUGUUGUUUCAGGCCAACAGGUGUACUCCCAGAGGUGUGAGAUAACGGGGCUGGGUCGAGCUACAGAGCACAACGGAGACAACCGGAUGGUGGGAGGAGGAGCAUUUCAACCCUACAUGCCAGACAAGGACUCCCUGCAAGGCUGGGUGGGCUCGGUGUCAUCAACACGUGACGGCAGCGUGCCAGGCUUGCACGUGGCCCAGGAGGCUCUGCUGACUCCGAGAGAGGAGAAGGAGGAGUAUGUUGCUGAGGCACAGUUUGUUGAAGAACGUGGAAAUGCACUUGCUAGAAAGGACCGGAAAGCCACUGCCAAACCAUCCUCCACGAAAACACGACCGGACCGCAGAGGAAAAUGAGCAUGGAGGAAGUGCAGACUAUUAAAAAAAACAAAAAAACAAACAGAAUCAUCCUCAACCUGUGACCAUGGAGCACCGCAAAACAAAAAAGAAGAGGAGAAAAAAAACAGGAAUUAAACUUGUAGUUUUAUAAUAUUUGUAAAGAAAAAUAUCAACUAGACUAAGGCAUGACGAUACUGUUUCUUUUUCUUUUUUAUACAAAAAAAACAUAACUGUUAGUUAAACAACUAAGAAAAAAAAAGCAACAAAGUGCUUCCUGUGAACUGUAAUCGCAUGAUGACUGCUGGUGCAUGCCCUUUUGAACUGUCAUUAUCUACAAACUGAAGGGGUACAAGGUACGGGGGCAGACCCACAUAAGGGUUACAGGCUUUUUUUAAGGGCCUACUUGCCCCCAACCGGAGUGGUUUGUUUCAGCAAGUUGAGUCCAAUAACACUACAGCCAAAAAAAAGAAGUCCCUCAAUGGAUGGUUCUCUAUACAGCUAAACCUCUGCUGAGCCUCCCAACGCUUCUUUCACUGGACCCUUUGCCCUGUUAUUCUAAUUGUGAUAUAUGCACUCUAUGCUAUGUGGACAUGUGUCAGUGUGUGUAUGUGUGUGUGCGCGUGUAUUUUUCUCUACCGCAUGUGUUUCUUGCUUCCGGCUUGGCGCUGAGCCUUUCCCCAUGAUUGGCUUGUUGUCCCUGUAAUGUCACGGCGUGCUCAGCGCUGGAAUGAGAAAGCCGCCUUGCUGCCCUGCUCGUGACUUCUUGUCCGCGUGCGUUUUUUUACAUUUUUAAUUUUUUUUCCUUUGUGGAUGAAGAUCGCUCCUCAUUGUUUCUUUGGAACUCGUCCACUUUGGGUUUCAACGUUGUUUGACUGCGGAUGAGAAAUGAACCUCUAGCUCCCCUCAUGUUUUCAGGGGGAAUGUUUUCAGACAGCGGGAAUGUUUUCUUUGGAAAAAGCGUGGGUGCUCGAUUGCAUUGUACAGCAGCUCUGCGGGCACAAAGCUUGACUUUCUAUUCCCUCUUUUUUUUUUCCCAGUAGCGUACUUUACCUUCACCCAUAAUCUAUCAGUAGCCUCAGUCUAUAUGCAGUCAAAUCACAGCCCUCUCCCAUCAGCAUCUAAAGGUCCUCCAAACCCUCCAAGCCCUCUGUGCUCCCUCUUUUAUCUGCUUGCAGUGGCUGUAGCGCAUCACUGUUGAAUUUUUAAGUCAAUAUUUCAAAUUGUGGUGAAGAAAACAUGAAGGAUCUAAUUCGUGUGACGAUGCCGUGAUUUGAGGAUUUCUAAGCGAGAGUGAAAUGGCAGCGAGGACAGACAGGUAGCACUGUGAUCGUCUUAUUAACACUGACCCCAGACUCGUGAACUGUCAAGACCCACAUUCAUAUAUAGCACAGGCAAAAGCACAGAAACAUAUAUGAACACAUUUCCAGAAACACACAAACAUAGAUCACACGGUUAAAUAAUUAUUGCCUGGUCAGUGUUGUUGUUGUUUUUUUCUUGUUUUCUUUGGAGUUUGCCACAGCAAUAAUACACAGAAACAAAAAAACAUGAAGAGGAGAUGGAACGGCAACUGUAAAAGACUGGUUUCCUCAGAGAAGACACAAACUGUAUCUGGAUGAACAGCAUUUGGCAUUGCAGCUCGCCCUUGAAGUGAGUGAGUCAGCACGUACUGAUGCAAGAUGAGAUGACUCAGCUGUAGCAGUGCGAGACCUUGGAGGCCGGAGAGUGUUUGUGUUUCAGCACUUAACGUAGCAAAAUAUAAACCAGGAUAUCUUCAUUUCUGUUAAGAAGCUUGCUGCUGCCAUGAGGUGGAAUCCACCUAACUCUGUUUCCUUCUUCUUCUUCUUUUUUCCUGGAUAAUUCAACUUGCGUUUCUGUAAAUCAUCAGCUCAUCACCUCUGAAACACUUUAUGCAGAAACUGGUUGGCAGCAGCAUGAAGGAGUUCCAUCAUAGUAGCACGCAUUUCCUUAAAAUCACCUAUAUCUCCCAUAAGUACUGUAAAUGCUACUGUAGCCUGAAUGAGUGAGACCGGAUGAAUGAACACAUUGGUUAUACAUCACGCAAAUGCACUUACUUUCCACGCCCAGUCCAUGCACGAGAACCUCAUCGGAUAAUAGCACGUUUUCCACUGUUACUUCACUCAGGUUUUCAGUUCUGCUCUAUCAGAAAGAACAAAAGGUGUUUGUGUCUAAGUUCUGAGUCAUCCUCUCAAAGACAAAUGUGGGACACAAGUGAGUUUUCUGUUGGGGCUGUUUGAGGUGGGAUGGUGAUGCGUGGGCUUUUUUUUGUUGUUGUUGUUUUUGUUUUGUUUUUUACUUUUUCUUGGUGGAGCAGGGUGGUUUGGUGCAAGUGUGUGUGUGUGUGUGUAUGUGUGUAUGUGUGUAGUUCAGUUGUGUGAUUCAGAUUAGACCAAAAAACACUGAGUGUGUGGUCAGUGCCAGCAUGUCUCCUUAACCUCCCUGGUGCACUGCUCCUGCUGUGACACCACUACUCAUUUUUUGUUUGUUGGUUGGUUGUUUUUUUGUCACACAUUGAAAAAAAAAAAACAAAUAAAUUUUGGUGGAGCACAGGCAAAAGAUUUUCCUUUCACCAGAUAAAUAUAAAACAAUUAUCUUCUCAUAUGUAUAACUUCAAUUGUCAAUGCACGUAAUUGUGUAACCUUACUUAAUCGGCCAUUAUGCUGAAGGUAAAGUCAACAAAUGACAAAGAAGAUGCCUCGACUUCACUCGACUUCACAGCUCCAGCAAUCACUCUGUUAGUCCUUAAGACUUGUACUGUAUCAGCACAAGGAUGGGGGUUGGAUCCAGAUGUUUUAUUUCUGUGUUGAGGUUUUAAUCCUUAAGAUUUAUAUUCAAUAACAUGUAUUUUGAUGCUGUUAAAGGUCAGAGGUUUUUCAAUUUGCAUCCCUUAGUAGAGUAGUUUUAUUAUCAGCAGCAAGAAACUGGUUCAUGAAAAAACUGUGUGAAUUUAGCGGAUGUAAAGUGGUGGAUGCAUGCAACAGUUCUAAAGUUUAGUGCUAAUCCCAUCACUUUGUUGGAGCUCUGAUUGAACUGUUGCUUUUCUUUUGUAUGUGAAGAAACUUUGGAAAAACAUUUGGACUUAACUGAUAUGUUCUUUGUAAAGUGACUGCAAAUCUGGUCACUGACAUUUUAUAAAAUUUGGCCAUAGCUCCCAUAAGCUCACAGUAUGUCUCACCCACUGAUUUGCAGAGACCCACUUUGAAGCCUCAAUUUCAGCAUUUUGGUUUUUGAAUUUGUGUUUCCUUGGAACCAGAUGGCAAAGCAAGGUUUGGAUCUGGCAGGAAAAACCAAGGGACACUGCACACUUUAUCAUUUAUUUGAAUAAAAACAGGGCUAUAAUUUACAAAGUGAAUAUCCUAUUUUAUAAAAUAAUACUUUAAACUAGCAAUAUAGAUCAUUAAAUCAACAGAUUUUCUUUUAACUGAGGCAUUAAAGCAAAUGAGAAGUGGGGUCAUUUGUCCAAACACUUUGAUACAAUUUGACUUCCGAAGCCCCCUGCUGGCCAUUAUAAAGAAUGCAGGUUUAAGGCACUGGCUCGCAUGCAGAAACUGUUUCCAUCUUUUAUAGUCGGUACUCUUAAAACAUGCUUACUUCCCCCAGAGGCAGAGGUAUCAACCAGGACUACAAUCUUAAGGAUCAUAAUUUGGACUUUAAGGAGCUGUCUUCUUGCUUCACAUUCAAAAUCCUAAAAAAAAAAGUCUCCACAAAGCAAAACGAUGUAUGAAAUAGUUUAAUUAUGUUUCCAUACAUAGAUAAUUUGGAUUUGCCAUCUGAAUUAAACUUGUCUGUGAUCCUGUGCACUCCCCCAGUGUUUGUAUGUACAGUAUGCGAGUGUCUGUGAGUGUGGAAUGUGUGCGUGUGUAUGAUGAUGAUGAUAAUGAUGAUGAUGCUUGGUUCCAAUCCUGGUUGGAUCAGCGGGAAGAAGAUCUGAGAGGACAUGUAACCUACAGCAAUGUAUUUUAAAGAGUAUUGUAAAAUUUUAACUGUUGCAAAGAAUAAAGAUCACCUAUACUCCUUUAGAAUGGAUACAUGACAAUGUAAACGCAAUAUCAUAUUACUCUAUCCUAAGGAAUGCAACUGCGCACAUGCACAAAAAAAAAAGAUGUUUUUAUGAAAAUAUAUGUAUAAAUAUAUGACAAAAUAUAUUUAAUUAGAAUGCUAUGCACCCUCAUAGAGUUGUUAUGGAUGUUCUUUAAGCAUUAUCUAGACUAGGCCGACGUCCACGUCAUGGGGAAUGUAGAGGCUUUGUAGCUAUGACCACUUGUUUUCUUUUCUUUUGUAUUGUCCCGGAGAGAGGAUAAACCAACGUCAAUAUGUAUACAAGCCUUUCAAUCAGAGUCAUUCUGACAUGAAGAUAUGUAUAGAUCAUCUUACCCUGUACACCAGCUCAAACCAUUUACAAGAAUUAAUAAACAAAGAUGUGACAUAAAUGUGGUGUGUUGUUUUCGCAGCAAGUGUAUUUAAGUGCAGUCUUUUUAGACCGGCGUGGACUGUAUCAUUGAAUACAGACAUGUGUCCUGGAUGUCUGAGAAGUUACAAACAUGCAUCUUCUUAAUGUUUUAUUCGACAGAUUCAAUAAUUUUAUGCAAUAUUUAUUCCCUUCUUAUGCAUCUGAAAACUUAUUUUUGAGGAAAAUGCCCCAAAGCACUUGCACAUACACAAUACAUACAUACACGAGAACUUCAAAUAUCUCAUGUCUAAAAUAUAUAAAAAUUGUUCUUUUCCCCACAAAGUAGUGAUUGAAUAAACGGGAUUGGCUUCAGCUUCUUUGAAUCAUUUGUUAUAUCAGUUUUUAGUGUUAAGCAGUUAAGUAAGAUUUCAUUUGGUCUGCCAAAUGUACAAAUAUGCACAGACUGCUAACUGUCAUGUAUGGUUAAAAGGCUGAAGAAAAGGGCAUGAUUAAUAUUUGUAACUGUCACAGUGUGUUUUCUGUUCAUAAAUAUGUUUUUUACUGUAGUUGAUCAUAUACUGAUCUGUGGAGUGUGCUUAAGAAUGCCAUUUACACACUGUGAGUAUACAAACUGAACUUCUUUGUCAUUGAAAUCACUACAUUUCCAUAAACUAUGCUUCGUGAAUUAAAGAUGAAUAUGAGUCCCGUUGUAGAAAUUUGCAUGAUUGUAGCCUACCUCUGUGUUGGUUUUGAAAAUCUUUUGUAAAUUUUGAAGAGUUGUGCAUUUUAAUCUCAUGACAAAUGUCUUAUAAAAUGUGUAUGCUAUAUAUUUUUAUUGUUGUUGUUGCUGUAAAGUGUUCUUGCA